UAUCUAACUUUAGAAAAAAAGUCUAAUCAAAUUCACAUUAACAGCUUUUGAUUUUUUUUUUUUGUAUUUCUGUUUGAAGGAGAGAUUUCACUGUAGCUGAAAACGUUGGACUCUAACAAAUGUUUUUUUGACUGAUCAUUCUAGUCAGGGGAAUCUCCAAACUGUGUGUCAUCUUUUUAUGUGGUAGGGUAUGCCGUUCCAUCCAUCAACAUCUUGAGACAUUGGCCAUUUUGGAUCACUACGACCCCGGAGUUACGUCUCUGACUGUGUACAUGUCGGUUCCAGUAACCCCCUGGUUCACUGAAUAUUUUGUAUUCUUAUGGUUUUUUUAGUUAAAAAAAAAAGAAAAAUGAAAACUUGUUAUAACUUGUUUUUUUUAAUGUUGUUUCACUAGUAGUAUCACUAGUAUCAAGUCUGUGGAGAAGAGUGAUGUGCAGUCAAGUUCGUGCUUCACUGGUGGUGUUAGGUCGAUGAGCCAAAGCCUUUUAAAAAUACCUUUUUAAAAAACAGAAAAUGCUAUAUACUCAUGAUGAUUUUGUAAAAAAAAAAAAACAAGUACUUGUGGUCAACUAUGCAACGCAAAUAAUUACGUGCAAAUAAGAUGUGAAGUGUGAAAGGUAAUGGCGGACGAUAACAAUAAUGGAAAAUGGAAAGGAUAAGCAGUUCUCUAUAAGACUAAUAUAAUAUUGACCAGGUUAGUUAGUGUUAUCAGUAUUAAUAAGAUUAAAUUAAAAAUUUCCGGCAGCUUUCCAACAAAAAAAUAUUUAUUAACUCAUUUUCUUUCUUUUUUAAACACUGCCUGUAAAAAAGUAUUAUUAUUGUUUUUAAAAACCAACUGCACAUUCCGGUUUGAGUGUCCGCCCACCGUUCGCGGUACUGAAAAUCUCGUAAUCUCAUUCGCUUCUACCGAUGUCAGACAGUGACAGAGCACUCAGUGAUUGGUUGACGUGAUUCCGACAACGAAACGUCACGAAGAGCAGGAACCCGGAGUAGGAAACAUGGCUGCCACUGUGUGAGCUGCUUGUACAACGUUGAUGCUGCAUUUAAAGGAAACUGACGUUAAGCCUGGGAUGGAAAAACACAGACGACCUUUGACCCCGGAGGAAGAUGCUCUGGAGCACAUAUCUGCUGGUAAAGACAAAUCUUCUCUGGAGGAAAGGUUCAUAGAUGCCUUCAAAGGGAGGGGUCUUUUCACAAGAAGGGCCAUUCAACCUUCCUCAUUUGUGGUUGAAUAUCGUGGGAACGUUGUCUGUCAAAAAGAUGCCCAACCCGUGAGAUCAUCUGGAGAUAACGUGAACAAUUUUUUAUACGAGUUUUCCUGGAACGAAAAGAGAUGGUGCGUUGAUGCGUCGAUAGAAGACGGAAGCCUCGGCAGACUUGGGAACGACGAUCACCAAAGUCCAAACUGUAAGAUGAAGAAAAUAUCUUUUGAAGGGAAACCACACUUAUGUCUGUUUGCUUUAAGGAAAAUAUCUGCAGGAGAAGAAAUAACGUACAAUUAUGGAAACUACUCGUACCCGUGGCGCUCAGUGUUUAAAGAAUCCUGCUUCGAUGAGAAAGACAUGGACCAACUGUCUGACGGUGUGAACAGCGAAUGCUCAGGCAAACGCAGAAGUGGACGGAGCCGUGGAUCAAUUUCUCACUCCUACAAAGAGUCACAGAGCUCCUCAGACCCACAAUCAGGUGAUGACGUUUCUUCAGCCAGUGGUGAGGAAUACGCUCCCCCUGAGGAUGAUGAUGAGGUGGAGGAAGAGAAGGAGGAGCCUGUCUGUGGACAGGCUGUGGAGAAAACUCUCUCCAAGAAAAACUAUUGUUUUGUUUGUGGGAAAGGAAUGAUCAAGUUGGCCCGUCACUUACGUCAGACUCACGCCAAACAUGACCCUGAAGUUGCUGCGGCCUUCAAGAUGCCUAAGAAUUCCAAGGAGCAAAAGCUGGUGCUCAAGAAGCUCAGGUGCAGAGGAAACGUCAAACACAAUGAAGAAGUGCUGAGGAGCAACCGUGGGCAGUUGAAACUCCUGACUCGACCGCGACGGCACACGUUUGACAUCGGACAGUACGUGGCCUGUCUUCACUGCAAGGCCAUGGUGAAUGGCAAGCAUCUCUGGUCACACCUGGCCAUCUGCCCCUUCAGAAAAUCAUGCAGUCAUUUAAAAGGUGUGAAGGAUGUGUCCACCAGGGGCGCUGUUGCCAAGUCUCAGGGUAAAGCGGUGGUGACCAGGUACGCCUGGAAGGUGCUGUCGAAGAUGAAACAAGACAACAUCGCCUUCAUCGUUCACAAUGAUGACCUCCUGGUCCAGCUGGCCCAGUAUCUGUCCGAGAAGUGCAACUAUCAGACCACCGGACAGGAUGACAUCGUAGACACGCUUAGAGUCUUGGGCAAACUCAUGUUAGCGCUGCAGGCUAAGUCCAUAUUCAAGUAUGAAGACGCCAUCAAUCCUAACAACUUCCACAUGGUUCUCGAAGUUAUCAGGUAUUUAGCCAAUUUCGAUAAGCAGAAGCGUCGGUACCGCAAACCAGUCUUAGCUUCACGGAUAGGAAGUGCUCUUCAAAAUCUCUGCAAACUCGUCCUCAAGAUCUCUCACGACAACGAGGAGCUGAGGUCGAGAACCACGGAGGUUAUGGCCAUGUGUAAAAGUGAAUUUCGCCGACCUAGCGCUCCAAAAGCCACUCCCAUCACCAGGAGAGAUCUUCCAGAAAAAGGUCGUCCGAAAGAAGACGGGCCGUGUCCCAUAACGUUUACGAUGGAUGUGCAGGUUUUACACAAGUACCUGGAAAAGACCUUGGACUCUGCGGUCGAAAGCCUGGAGAAGUUUGCCAGCCCGCAGGUCUACAACGCCCUCUGCAGGGUGCUCUUUGCUCAGGUUAGCAUCUUGAACAAAGGUUCAAAUCACAUUUCGAAACUGACUCUGAAAUCAUUCCAUGACCGAAAGGAAACGGAGCAAGUCCUGUCCAAACAGUUGAUCCGGAUCGACAUUGUAACUCACGGCAAAAAGAUUUUGCCAGUUUUGUUGAAACCCGAAAUGAUCAGCACAAUAACGCUCCUGGUGGACAAGAGAAGCAGCUGCGGCGUACACGCGGAUAAUCCGUACUUGUUUGCGAAGCCUGACAACUCGGUCUCCAGCGCGUUCCUCUCCAGGGGCUGCGUUGUCACCUAUGCAAAAAUGUGUCACGUCAAACAACCAGACCACCUGAAAGGACCGAACUUCAGGCACCUAGCAAGACUUUUCCACAUACUGGACCUGAACGACAGCGAGCUCGAUCACCUGGCAAAAGUGCUGGGCCGCAACAUGCGGACGGAGCGCGACUGGUACCGGACACCAGAGGCAGCGCAAGAUCUGGCCAAAGUCGCCAAACUGCUCAUGGCGAUGGAAAUGGGUUUUCUGGAAAAAAUCAAAGGAGAUACACUGGACCAAGUCCAGCUCCUGGAUCACCUGGAGUCAUAUGUGGAGGAGGACCAGUCUAACAAUAGUAAUGAACAGGAUCGUAUGAAGUUUCAACAGGAAGUUGUUACGAAACAAGGAAACACAGAGGAGGUGGACACAUCAGAAAAUGAUGAUGCUGCUGCUGCUGCUGCUGCUGCUUCUUCAGAGGAUGAACCGGCUGUGGACUCAGAUGACUUGGCUCACGGUGUGAACGUUAGUGAUGAAGAACCGAGCGCCUCAGGACCUGAUCCUGACCAGUCGGUCCAACAGAAGAACUCUGUCGACCACGUCUACGACGGGACGUCCGAUGAAGAGGACCGAAUCAUCUCCUUCACCAAGGAGAACUUCUGUUUCGUCUGUGGUAAAGGUUACUCCAAAAUAAUUCGCCACUUUUGGACCCACAGAAAACAAGUAGCCGAGAUCCAGGACGUGUACGAUCUGCGUCCCGGGUCCAAGAAACGAAGAAAGAGCCUGGAACUCUUCCGCAACAGGGGAAACUUCCAACAUAAUCUGGAAGUGUUGAAGAAGGGUGGCGGGAAAGUGAGAGUGAUGAAGAGAACCUCGGGUUUGACCACCUCAGCUGAAACCCUGGCGGCCUGUUUGUAUUGUAAAGCCAUGUUCCCCAGCAGAGUCUUAAGGUCGCACUUCAACAAGUGUCUGUCGAAAAAGGCCCUGAAGUCCUCGGUGUUUCUCAGCUCCAGUGUCUUACAGUUGAUCACCACGGUUCCCAGAGUCCUGGAGAAAAUGCCGUCGCACGUGGAGAACAUUUUAAGGAACAUGAAGGAGGACGAGAUCGGUUCCGUGGUCCUCAGCGAUCGCUGGCUGCUGCUGCUGGCCAAGACGCUGCGGCUGAAGGACGCGUGUCACAUCCGUGCGAGGCUGAGGGCCGCGGCCGAACCCCUGCCGAAGCCGAAGGAGAACUCGCCUGGGAACUUCAGCAAAGUCCUCGAAGCUGCCAAAGAGCUGGCCCACUUCAACGAAGAGACCAAGUUCUCCGAGAUCCCAGGUCUGAUGUCCACCUUGGCGUACGCGCUGAGGAAAAUGGCUGAACUCAAAUACGCCUCGGCCGUGUGGGAGGAGGCGCACGCAGAAGAGCUCCGUGAAGCCGAGACGUUCAUGAAGCUGGUGUCUACGGAGAAGGCCUUCAGUAGAGAGAGACGGGUGGACAACCUACCAUCUGUCCCCUUCACACAAGACGCCCAGCUUCUGCACCAACACCUGGAGAAGGUCAUGGCGUCGGAAGUGGAGCGUCUGCAAACAAGUGAGAGUCAGCGGUCUUACAGUUCACUCCUCAAAGUCCUGCUGGCACAGGUGUUGAUCUUCAACACAUCCACGAGGAAGGUCUCCAGGAUAACGCUGGAGUCCUUCGUGGCCGAGGAGCACGAUAAGGAAGACGUCGACGGUCGGCCCCAGUUGGAACAAUUUCUUGCCAAGCACCGUUUGCAGAUCAAAACCAAAGCCAGGUGCGGUCAAAAAGGUCAGGAGGAAGAGGUCACCCUCACCUUGACCCCAGACAUUCUGGACGCGGUGAAGGUGCUCGUGAGCAAAAGAGACAUUUCUUCCGUGUCUAAGAAAAAUCCCUUCCUGUUUGCCACACCAGACGCGCCCCUGACCUUUGACCGGGGUCACCCACCCAUCAGGUCCUAUCUGGAAUGUUGUGGCGCCAAAAGCCCCCAGAACCUCAGGAUCAAGGGGUUCUACAAACACGUGGUGAGGAUUUUUCUGAUUCUCAGCCUCAGGUCAGAGGAGCUGGAGGAGCUUUCCAAACUCCUGGACCAGGACUUUCCAAAGGACAGGGAAUAUUAUCGGACACCAGAGGCCGCCGUGGAUAUUGUGAAAAUAUCAGAGCUUCUGUCAGCGGCGGAGAACGGAUCUAUGGAUAAGUUCCACGGAAAGUCCUUUGAGGACAUGAAGGUUCCAGAUCAACUGCAGGUGGAUCCACAACCAGAGGACUCUGACCACAGUGACGUCUGGGAGGACAGUGAGGACGAGGAAGGAUCACGAAACGACGCGUCGUGGCCCAGUCAGACCACUAGGGACAACAGUGAGAACUCGUCUGAGGACGGGGACACAUCUGAAGACGAGGCGACGAAGCCACCGGAGAAAACCCUGUCAUGUGGCAGCGAAAAGUCAAACAUGUUUUCAAGCGGCGAGGACGAGGACAUGAACGUGGAUUUUGACAUGGACAUAGACACAGAUGAGGACGAUGGAAGUAGAGAGACGAAGAAUGUCUCGGCUGAAACGUCAGAGAAAAAGGAGGAGGAGGAGAAGAAUACCCCGGGGAGGGGCGAGGACGUGGAGGAGGAGCAGGGCUCGUCUGAGAAGAAGAACACUGACACAGAUCAGGAGGAGGCUAUGGACGUGGAUGAUGAUGAUGGUGAUGAUGAAGGAAGAGAAGAACAUCGUGUGAAGGCUGUGGAAGACAAAAGAAGUCCAGAAAAAGAAGGAGACAAGCCAGAUGUUGGAGAAGACCGUCCACCGACCGUCAGCCUUCACGCAGCAACGAAGAGGAAACUCUUGCUUGAACUGAUGAAAGAAGUGAGGAUAUCACUGCCCAAGCUCAACAUCGAGAACCUGAACGCACCAGUCCCUGUGUCUCAGUUUUUAUCAGCGCGUACAAAGACUCCAGCCCACGGUCAGCCCACACUGAAGACAACUGAAGACAACCGACGUCAAACACCUUCCAGGUCCACUGAUGUCCAGAACAAGACGCCCGCCACUGAAAAGACCCUGAGCAUGACCUGCUCCCAGUGCAGGAGGCUCAUCUUGAAGGGUCAGACGGCCUUCCAGAAGAAAGGAUUCCCAGAAGUCUUCUGCUCCAAAACCUGCCUGUUUGCCAUGUUCGCCCUCAACAAACCAGAAGCCAAGACAUGUCACCACUGUCACAAGGUCAUCACUCUGGUCCUGGACCUGGUCAUGGCUGCAGUCGACCCUCAGGGAACCAUGAAGAACUUCUGUAACGUCUCCUGUCUGUGUUCGUUCAAGUCCAUCAGUUUCUCCCCCUCGACCUCCUCCUCUUCCUCCUCCUCAUCAUCACCUCCGUCAAUGUGCAGCAUGUGCAACCAACCCUGCACCACCACACGUGACCUGACCCUGAGCACAGGCAUCCGUAAGUUUUGCAGCGACUCCUGCCUCGAAGGUUUCCAGCGAGACGUGGCGCACGACCGGACGAAGGCCGUCUGCAAGAGAGGAUGUCUGGAGGUCUUCAAGGAGAAAAACCCAGGGCCACGCCCCUGCACCAUGUGCUGCACCCCCUGGCCGACGGCGGAGAUGUUCCUCUUCAGGAACACCGAGGGAUGGUUCCAGUUCUUCUGCAGUCGAGCCUGUGUGAACUCCUACAAACAGCACCGUCCUGGUGCAGCUCCAGACGUGACAAAGUCAAGUUUGGAAAAAGGAGAAAAUAAGUUAAAGUUGGAUUGUGAGGAGGUCAUCUUGCCUCCACCAUGCACCAAACCAACCAUUGCCGCUCCUUCGCUACGAACGACAGUUCUCUGUUCCAACUGCGGGAAGAAGCUGGAGAGAGGACGGGCGAUGUACCGACCGCACGACUCUCCCAAGAUCUUCUGCAGCCAGACGUGUUUCUCCCGAAGGUCCCGCACCGACGUGGAGGCCAAGACCUGCUUCAACUGCUGUCAGGUCAUACCGCGACCUCACAGCGUCAUACUGGCCCCGGUGGGUGAUUCUGGGACGAUGAAGGAGCUGUGCAGUGAGACCUGUCUCGCCUCCAUCACGUCUGUGAGGAGCCACAAAGCCCCGAAACCGCCGACACCAGCACCAUCACCAUCACCAGGAACCGAUUCAUCCUGCAGGAUUUGUCAUAAACUCGCUGACGAAAAGUUCAAGCUGACCGUGGGAACCUCGCUCUACAGUCUGUGCAGCGAGGCCUGCUACGUCCUCUGCCUCAGAGGCAACAACUUGCCCGUGUCUACGUGCCGCGUCUGUGGCUCCGUCUGCGUCCAGGACAGAAUGAUGGUGGUGGUGACGGAGGAGGACGACGACAGGAAGACCGUGUGCAGUGAUGAGUGUCUGGUCAAGUUCAAAGAGAAAACAGAGAGGCUCCAGUCGUGUCCCACCUGUUGCACGUCUCAUCGCAUGUCAGACAUGAUUGAAAACAAGAACCGGGAGAGCGUCCUGAGUUUUUACUGCAGUGACAGAUGCAUGAUGGUCUACAUGGCCCAGUCUGUCACUCUGUCAGAAAGGGGCAGCCCCUCACCUGAAGGGGGCGACAUUGAGGAUGUGAAGCCAACUUCGAUACGUUUGGACUGUAUCAAGAAAGAACCCGACGACGAGGAGUUCACGCCGAGCAACUCACCCUUCACAUCAACCGACCGGAUCAAGCCUGAGCCAACGGCAAAGGAGGACGGGUUUGUCUCCGUCGUCUCCAUGAAAGAAGACUCUACUGCCGAGCACCAGGUCUCACCUGUCCAGGAGACGGCGUCUCCCGUGAAGGAUCCGUGCUCUACUGCGCCCCCUGUCCCUGGUGUGGAAGUCCAACUCUGCUGCUGUGACUGUAAAAAGGUUCUGGUGGACGGGGAGACGUUCUACCAGAAGGAGAACCACUCGGAAAUCUUCUGCUCCGUUUCCUGCCUUUUCAAAUUCUACCAGAUGAAGCCGGUCAGGAAGACCUGCUUUUACUGUCUGGAGUCUGUGAAAGAGUCUGAGGACGUCCUCCAGGCUCCGGUGGACGAUGAGGGGACGGUGAAGGACUUCUGCGGCCAGACCUGCAUGUCCUCCUUCAACUAUAAGAAAAGCGUGACCAUCGGAAUUCCCAUGGUGCCUGUUAAAAGUCACUCCCAGUGCUGCAUGUGCAACAGAUACUGCAUAAGCAGACAUGAGGUCACACACCAGGAGCGUGUGCAGAAACUGUGCAGCGACAGCUGUUUCCUGCGCUUCUGUAACGUCAACCACCUGAGUCUGUGUGGGUGGUGUCACCGCAGCUACGUCACAGCAGCCGUCGUCCUCAGAACCGAGGAGCUCCACAGGAAGCUGUGCAGCGCAGAGUGUGUGGCUCAGGUCAAAAAGGAAAUCCAGAGGCCGCAGCAGUGCUCCAUGUGCAGCACUUCUAAACCUCUGUCAGACAUGGUGGAGAACAGAGGUGGUGGAGGAGAGCUGGAGUUCUUCUGCUCCCUCAGCUGUGUGACGGCGUCAAAGAUCCAGGCCGUCAGCGCCGCAGGCAGCCCAGUGGACUGUGCUAGCUGUGGGAAGAACACAGUCCCGGCCUGUCACCUGGCCAUGGCCGACGCCUCCAUCAGGAACUUCUGCUCUCUGUCCUGUGCGAUGGCUUUUAAGGAAAAGCAGCCCGCCAACGACAAGAAGGACCCUCAGAAAGACACGGACACCGUCUUAGACCGAACACGGCAGCAGCAGCUGCUCUGUGUCCACUGUCAAGCCCAGAUAGAAGCCAAACCCAAAGUUGUCCAGAAGGAGGACAGGCUGAGUUUCCUGUGCAGCCAGAGCUGCUGCGUAGCUUUCAGGAGAGACAACAACAUCACAGGAAGGUGUGAAUAUUGUCAGAGUGAACGUGUGAUUUACGAGGUCAGGAGGAUGAACGGCAGAGACUGCUGCUUCUGCAGCGAAGGUUGUGAGAUGAUCUUCACCAAGGAUCGUCUGAAGGAGUGGGGCAGUUGUUGUCACACUUGUCAUUACUGUAGCGACCUCUGCAGGACGUCUGUGACGUCGGUGUACGGAAACCAACAGAUGGAGUUCUGCUCUGAAGACUGCAGGUCCAAGUUCAGCCUGGUCUUCAACCGCGUGGCGCAGUGUGACUCCUGUGGCCAGAAUGAAAAACUGAAGGAGAGUCUGCAGCUGCCGGCAGAGGUCAAACACUUCUGUGACCUCAGGUGUUUGCAGAACUUCUGCAGGAAAGCUGCUCAUACGGAGAACACAGUUUCUUCUUCUUCUGUCUCGGUGGCUUCAUGUCCUGUCAUCAGUAACGUGAUCUCACUGGCUGGUUACCUGGCUAAGUACAAAGAGGCUAAAGCUAAGAUUGUUGGACAAGCCAGUGUUCUGACAGACACCAGACAGCUGAAGAACAAGUCCCUGCUCUGCACCCCACUGGUCCACAACAAAGGCGUCAGUUGUACGAGUUCUGUUUCUGAAGUGGAAGCACAGACGGAUACCUUUUACCCUAAGGUGGUUGUUCUGCCUGUGCCUCUGCCUCUGCCUGUUUACCUGCCACUGCCCAUGAGCAUGUACAGUCAGUUCACGCCGUACCCUGUGGCUCUGCCUCUGCCGCUGCCUGUGCCCAUGUUCGUCCCCGUUUUUCCGGACGCCUCAAAACAAACAGAGAAAAAAGAUGUGGACAAAGAACUCCAGCAGAACGACAGACAGGAAGAAACAGAGGGACAAAUACCUGAGGCCAUGACAGAUCUGAUCAACAGUUUGAACAGUCAGGACAGGCGUCCCGUGGACACACAGGACAUGUCUCUCACUGACCCCGGCCUCUCGUCUCCUGUUGGACUGGACUCCUCUCCUGCCGUUCCUACUCCACAUGAUCUCCAGCAGCAGCAGUCGACCACGUCCACUCACAGACCGCUGAUGUGUGACAGACUGGACACUGAGCGAGGAGUCCAGGCCUGGAGAAGAUGGGUCCAGUGGAGAGGAGGUCAAAGUGACCUCCACACUGACCCCUGUGGCAGCACCCUGUGUCUGAAGGACAACCUCCUUCACUGCUCCUUGUCCGAGCUCAGUCUCAGUCUCAGUCGUUUUGUCUCUGAGUGGGGACGAGUGGACGGAGACGGUUUUUCCCCCGACGCUCUCUUCUACGUCUGCCUCUCUCUACAGAAGUUCCUCUUUGACCACGGUCGUAUGGAGAACAUCUUCAGUGAUCUGACCUACAGCAGCUUCUCCACCGAGUUCACCAACAUCCUCAGACCUUCGGUCAGAUCCGGCGCUCUGGUGGAGUCCUGUGUGAAGGAGGACUUCCUGUGGGACUGCAAACAGCUGGGGGCGUACUCCCCCCUGGUCCUGCUCAACACCCUCCUCUUCUUCUGCUGCAAACACUUUGGCUUCACCGGGGUGGAGCACCAGCGCCAGCUGCGCUUCACCAACAUCACCUCCUGCACCAGGACCAACCCGGACCAGAGCAAAACUGACGUCCUGCGCUUUUACCCUCUCUUGUCCAGGACUUCAGGUGUGGACCAUGAACCGUGGACCGUGUGUCGUUGACACGAUGGUUCAGAGGCUGUGUUUGUACAGACGGGCAUCUGUAGAAACAUCAGUGGGG